GAUUACGAGAACGUAUAUCAUAGCAUCAUAUAUAAUAUACGUUCUCUGCUGAUUAUCUUGAGCAGCUGUAAUUUGGUUUAAAAAUUGCAAAUGUACGCCACAAAAAUUGUAAUUAUUUUUACUUAAGCAAAUAAAACUUGUUAUUUUGACAGUUUUAUAAAAAAAGAAAACAAAAACGUUGUAAAAACUAUAUUAGAAGACUUGUACACUUGAAAACAGCAAAGAUGUCUAAAGACAACAGCGUCAUGUCGCACAACUCCAGUAAUAUGUCACUCGAGGAUUGGACCGAUCACAUUAACACGCGUCUGGAUGUAAUCUACAAAGAUCUUUGCGACUUUGAGCACAGCAUUACUACACAAAACGAAACUAACGAUGCGGGCGAAGUUAAACUGAUGGAGCUGCUUGAAGCUGUUAAUGAGAUACAGCGCACCGCUCGCAGCAUACGCCCCAUAACGGGCACAUUGAAGGACAAACAGGCGCAUAUGCGUGAGCAAAUGGAGAUGCUGCAACGUUCAGUGGAGUUGUUGGAAUUGGAGAAUAGAACGAGUGCAGUGCACAUUAUGGAAGAGCCGAUGGAGUGACGGCGGUUUUGCUGUAAAUUACAGUUACAUUAACAUUAUAUGCAAGCGAUCAUUUACAACAUAUAUAAACCAUUUUGAGUGGCAUUUAUAGGGCAGAAAAGUGUACGCAUUUAAUUCGCUUUUAAUUUUCAAUAGUUUUGUAAGCAUUUCAAGUAGUAUUAUUAAUAUAACUUUGUAAUAGUUGUACGUAUGCAUGUAUUUUAGUGAAAUAAGUAUAAAAGACGGCGCAUUGCUGAAAUAAAUAGUUGAAUGAUUUUGAUAUUAA